UCGCGGUUAUCCAUAUCACUAUGGCCUCGAAAUACUUCAUGCGUUAUGCGCUAAUUGUUCCGUUUUUAUUCGCCACAAGGGUGCAUCUUCAAAACUUCAAUAGAACAGGAAACCUUCGUGGCAAUAAUCAUCUGGCAUGUGCAUAUUUACAUUGUGAAAACGACGAUUCUUGCGUGCACCGUACAUUCCGGUGCAAAGAUCCUCCGUGUCCUAGCAUGCUUUACUGCGCGAAAUCUCGGAUAGAGUCAAUGAGAGGGCCACCUACCUGCGAUAGCGUAUACUGUAGCAAUGGGUAUUUGUGUAUGGUGAAAGUUCGAAGAUGUCUUUGGGAUCAAAAGUGUGACCAACAAAUUGCGAGAUGCGUGUCUCAACGAGAGUAUCACGAAGGUCCAGCAUCCUGUGCUGGCUUCACGUGUCCUCAGGGCAAUCAAUGUAUCCUACGGGAGUCACUUUGCGCCAGUCCACCCUGCAAACUGCUCAGGAGCUGCAGCAAGAACAAAGAUGUACGCAAUUGGUUCAGCAAAUGUCGAAGCCUUGGUUGUCCGUCGGAGUUUCAGUGCUUCUUGCGGAGACCAGAAAGCACCUGCUUAAGUCCACCCUGCAAACAUACUCCGGAUUGCAUAACAACAGAAGAUGAGGUGACCAAUGAACACUGUCGCGGAUGGAUAUGUCCUCGACAGCAUAAAUGUACCGCAGAAACUGUAACGCCCUGUGCAUCAAAUAACUGCAAUGUUAAGAGAACUUGCAGUAUGAUACCGCAAAAUCGUUCGUUUUCUUCGAGAAGAUCUCUAAGUAACGAAAGUAUAGACGUUCAGAUUAUCCAAGGCAACAUAAAGGUAAUUCAUUCAAUUAAUACAAAAUUUUAUUAGGGAUUGCUACGUAGAAUACUACAUACCUGGCUGGACCAUUUCAAUUCGAAAACGGAAUUGGACGCUAUCGAACUGUGGAUAAACAACUCCAUAGAACAAAAGGAUUUUAAGCAAUUUCAAGAAUGGCUUCGGUCCAUCAAGGAUGUACUAGGUCCCAGUGCAUACACCGACUGGAUCAAGGGAAUUCUUGUCUCGACGUCGCGCAGCGAAGAAUUUCGAAAAUGGCUACGAACGUCACAUAUUCACGAUCCUCUCGAUACUGAUAAGCUCGAUGGCGAACAUGUGAAAUCGAUAUUCUCAAAACGAGUACGACCACAGAAAGAAGUGGCACAUGAUCAGGCGGAAAAUCAAUACCCCAUUUACGUUACGUUGAACGAACCUUCACAAGAAGAUUUGGAUAAGGUAAUAGAAGAACUCAAUAUUCUGCUACGCGACCAGAAUUACACAAACGCAAUAGAAGAAUUUCUUGCUUCGAAACAAAUAUUCUUGGCGGAGUAUAAUGACCUGGAAACAGCUUUGCUAAACCAUGUGAAAGGGGAAAAGGAAAAUUACCCAAACAAUAAUAACAUGUAUGAAAAGGAUUCUCGUAUAUUUUCCACAGGAAAUAUGGAAAUCCAAGACAUCAAAACAAGUGAUCGUAUCACCAAUGGUCGCCAUAAUGUUCAAACACAAACUGUAAUAACAUUUCAAAAUGAAAUUCCUUAUGAACAAUUAGAUAAUUUUUCGUCUAAUGUUUCAGAGAUAUUAAAAGAUUUAUCUAGUGCCGAUCAUGAACCACCAUCUUUGUGGACUGGAUUUGAUGAAGAUUCCAUAAAUAAUAUUACUGAAACUCCAAACAAUAGUACAUUUUCGAACAUAGAACACCACACAAAUAACGUUUCUACCAAUAUACUGGACAUGUUAAUUAAGUCAUUACCGUUUCCUGUAAUUGAAACUGUGCAAGGAAGUUUCGAUGAAAAACUGGUCAAUCGAAGCAACUCAGAAUUCAAUUUGUUUGAGGAUUCGAAUAAAAAGUACGCUUCAAAUGCAUCAACAUACACCAGCGGUGACCCGUUUACGAGCAAAAAAUUUAAGGAAGUUGCAGGGCAAUCUUCUUUGUACAGCAACGCUGACUUCGCGAACAAUUCCGAACCAAGAGUCGAUGAUAUCAUCAGGUCUUUUAAUUACUCGGAGCAGUUAAGCGGCAGUAACGAAGGAAUAUCAUUCAUUCGAAGCACAGACAAAACUAAUGAAGCAACUGAUGUGGGUCAUUUCUUCGACAUGAACAAGGAAACUCUGUUACCUUAUAUACAGAGGCUAAUUGAAACAAUGGACCAGGAGAACGAUUCCUCGAACGAGUUGGGUAGAAAUGGACAUGAAAAUGAGGAAAGGGAUCCAAGGACGUCUGAACUCAUGUAUAAGAGCAAGGAACUUCACUCUUUUUAUAAUUUACCAAGCUACGGAGUUAGUAACAGCGAUCCUGUUGCUGUUGAAAAUGACAAUGAUAAAACAGCGCAAUUAUGAUCAAGUG